AUGAGCGCCGCGGCUGUGGCACCACCAGCUCCAGCUCCGGCUUCAACGCCCGCCGCACCUGCUGCCGCCCGCCAACCGGCAGCAAUGUCUCGCGACAGCUUCAACAAGCAGUCGUUGGGCGCGUCCCUCAAUAGUAAAGUCAAGGAGUCUCGUGUCUUGAUGGUUGGAGCCGGUGGUAUUGGCUGCGAACUACUCAAGAACCUCGUCCUGACAGGCUUUGGCGAAAUCCAUAUCGUGGACCUAGAUACUAUCGACCUAAGCAACCUGAAUCGACAAUUUCUUUUCCGCUUCGAGCACAUCAAGAAGUCGAAGGCAUUGGUCGCGAAGGAAGCGGCGCAAAGAUUCAACCCGAAUGUCAAGAUCAUCGCGCAUCAUGCCAACAUCAAGGAGUCCAAGUUCAACAUUGAGUGGUUUCACGGCUUCACCAUCGUCUUCAAUGCGCUCGACAACGUGGAUGCCCGACGACAUGUGAACAAGAUGUGCUUGGCUGCUGAUGUGCCCCUAAUUGAGAGUGGAACAACAGGCUUUAAUGGCCAGGUGCAAGUCAUCAAGAAGGGAGUGACGGCAUGCUACGAUUGCGCACCGAAAGAGACCCCGAAGUCGUUCCCAGUCUGCACGAUUAGGAGUACGCCGAGCCAACCUAUACACUGCAUUGUGUGGGGAAAGAGUUAUCUUUUGAAUGAGAUUUUUGGGGCUAGCGAGGAUGAGUCGGCCUUCGACCAUUCCGGUGACCAAGAAAAUGCUUCCGAGAUCGAAGAACUGAAGAGAGAAGCCGAGGCCCUACGGAAGAUCCGACAAUCAGUCGGAACUGAAGAAUUCCCCAGGAUGCUCUUUGAGAAAGUUUUCAACACAGAUAUCGUUCGUCUACGUUCGAUGGAAGAAAUGUGGAAGUCGAGGCAACCACCAACGCCACUAGAUUAUCAAACACUUAUGAGCCAGGUCUCCGAAACAAUUCCCUCAGACGAGGCCAAGCAAGCCAUAUUGCAGGAUGGUCAAAAAGUGUGGUCCUUGGAAGAGAAUUUGGUGGUAUUCAACGAUAGCCUGGAUCGUCUCAGCAAACGAAUACUCGAGUUGAAGAAGACAAAAAAGCCCUCGGAACCCGAACCGAUGAUCACAUUUGACAAAGAUGACGAGGAUACCCUUGACUUCGUGGCCGCAAGUGCGAAUAUUCGAUCUCACUUAUUUGGCAUCGACAAGAAAUCGCGCUUCGAUAUCAAGCAGAUGGCUGGCAACAUCAUCCCAGCCAUUGCUACAACAAAUGCUAUCGUCGCUGGUAUCUGUGUUCUAGAGUCGUUCAAGGUCCUUAGAGGAGAUUAUGCCCAAGCAAAGGAGGUCUUUCUGACACCUUAUGGGUCCGCCCGUCUAUUGGCGCCCGACCGUCCAAGGCCACCGAAUCCAGAGUGUCCUAUAUGCAGCGUAUAUCAGACGAGUGCUGUCGUGGAUAUAUCGCGAGCUACUCUCAAAGAUUUGGUGGACGACUUUGUGAGGCUCCAUCUAGGUUACGGCGACAAAGAGCUCGCCGUCAGCAGUGACGCUGGCAUCCUCUAUGACCCUGACGAAGACGUAAACCUCAGCAAAAAGCUGAGCGAUCUUGGCAUCAAGCAGGACAGUCUCCUAACCAUCACUGAUGAGGAUGACGUAGAUACCUUUGUUAAUGUCGUGGUCAAUAUUCAGGAAGCCUCUGAACCGUUGGCCGAGAAACCAAUCAAAGCCAGCUCGUCCGACCAGAAGCCGGAGAUCCCAAAGAAACCGAAGAAGGCGGCUGCACCCACUUCCAAUGGAGUUCAUCAGACGAACGGCAAACAUGCUCUGGAGAAUGACGAAGUUGUCACACAAACCUCCAAGAGACCGAGAGACGAAGAUUCCGACUCGCGAGGGGCCAAAAAAGCCAAAGUCGCCGCCCAACCCACGGAGGACGACGGUGUGGUCAUUGUUGAUGACGAGGCUAGUGGCGCUAUUGUCAUCGACUAA